ACUAGUCCUCCAGACGCAUCCAGAGGAAAUGGUCCUCACCAGGGUUCUCCUGAUUGCUGCUCUCCUUAAUGCUGUUCUCGCAGCACCACAGAUGAAUCCAAGAGACGCAACAGUUGUGGUGCUGGAGAAUGACUUCAAUGGAGUCGAUCCCUGGCACUGGAGGUACGAGACGAGCAACGGCAUCCGGCAGGAGCAGUUCGGCUCUGAGGGUGACGGCACGCACCUGCGGGGCAGCUUCUCGUGGCAGCCGUCGGAAGCGGGCGACGGCGCCACCUACAGCGUCACCUACGAGGCCGACGAGAACGGCUACCGGCCCAAAGUCUCUUUCGGCACAGGACCCGUCGCGGUGCGCCCCACAUCGCCGCCGCCGCCGCCGCCGAACGAAUUCCCGGUCCCACAUGUGGCGUUCCUUGGCAGCAACACUGCACUUUCUCUAAUCGGCUAAGUGGCCAGUCACUCCCUGUCACAGCAUCACUCAAGUGCCUAAAAUUUCUGAAGUGACUGGUCAAAAUCGUCAAGAUAGUAUGCAACGUCUACCACUGUCAGCUGGAGUAUAGCAGAUAACAGCCAAUGUCUUCGUGAGAAGUUCUUGGGAGUGCUUUGGAAUUUGAACAAAUGCGAUAGCCACAGCAAGAAAACUUAUUAAAAUAAUUGUAAAAGUGAAUUAAUUUUAUCAGUAUACUAAAUUGAGUGGUAUGUCUAAUA